AUGUGUGACCGCAAUGGCGGGUGGAGGCUCCAGCAGUGGCUCACUGAGCAGAUUGACAGUGAGAUCUACCCUGGGCUCAUCUGGGAGAAUGAGGAGAAAACAAUGCUCCGCAUCCCAUGGAAACAUGCUGGGAAGCAGGACUACAACCAGGAGGUGGAUGCUUCUAUUUUCAAGGCCUGGGCUGUUUUCAAAGGCAAGUUCAAAGAAGGUGACAAAGCAGAGCAAGCCACGUGGAAGACGCGGUUGCGCUGUGCUUUGAACAAGAGCCCUGACUUUGAGGAGGUGACAGACAGGUCCCAGCUGGACAUCUCUGAGCCCUACAAGGUCUACAGGAUUGUGCCAGAGGAGGAACAGAAAUGCAAAGCAGGCAUUGCCAAUGGGAGCAGCCUGAAUGAUGUCAUGGAGAUGGACUGCAAUUCUUCUACAAUCGAUGACCUCAUUAAAGAGCCCCCUUGCAUAGAUGAAUACCUGGGGAUCAUCAAGAGAAGCCCCUCACCACCCCAGGAGACCUGCAGAAACCCCCCAAUACCUGACUGGUGGGUGCAGCAGCCCAACCCUGCACUGCCCUUGAAUGGAUACUCCAGCUAUGAGCAGCAUCAUUCAGGUUAUUCCCAGAUGGUGAUCAGCCUCUUCUAUGGUGGGAGGCUGGUGGGCCAUAUCACCACCUCAUGCAGCAAGGGCUGCUGGCUCUUGCUCAGCCAGCCCUCCAGCCACAGUGAGAAGCUCUAUACCCUGGAGCAUGCGCAGUUCCCCUCUACUGAUGCCAUCCAGAAUGACCGCCAGAAGUGGAUCACCAGGAAGCUCUUCAGGCACCUGGAGAGGGGUGUCCUGCUGCACAGCAACAAGCAGGGCAUCUUCAUCAAGAGGCUGUGCCAGGGCAGGGUUUUCUGGAGUGGGAAUACCAUGGUCUACAAGGACAGGCCCAACAAACUGGACCGGGAUGAGGUGGUGAAGAUAUUUGACACCAACUUAUUCUUCAGAGAGCUGCAGCAGUAUUAUAACAACCAGGGCCGCUUCCUGGACAGCAGAGUCAUGCUGUGCUUUGGAGAGGAGUUCCCGGAUACAGUGCCACUGCGGUGUAAGCUCAUCCUUGUCCAGGUGGAGCAGCUGUGUGUCAGGCAGGUGGUGGAGGAGGCUGGCAAAACCUGCAGCAGCAGCCCCAUGCUCCCCAUAGCUGGUGAGACAUAG